AUGAAUAAAGAAGAUCCGUUGAACGACAUGCCGAAGGAGCGCGAAGAGACAUCAUCAAAAGCAAAAAAGCCACAUAUGAGAGUUUUCCAGAUACUGGAAAUACUCGGAAAAGGAUCAUUUGGUGCGGUGUUUCGAGUUCGACGACUAGAAGAUAACAAAGAACUAGCGAUGAAAUGUGAAUCAUACAAAGUUAAAAAACAGAUUUUGAGGCAUGAAGCUAGAGUGCUCGAAGGCAUGCGAAAAGUGCGCUCGGUACAUUUUAUCAGCUACGAAGAUCGCGGUAAAAUCAGCGGCCGAUUUAUGUUCGUCGUGCUCAGACUGGUUGGCAAAAACUUGUGGGACUUGCGUAUGGAAGCCGUUGACAGGCGUUUCUCGAUGUCCACUGGAAUACGAGCCGCCGAGCAAACGCUGUCUGGGAUAAGAGAUUUACACAUAAUUUUGGGCUGUGUCGACGGUAUAGGUGAGGCGUAA